AGCUCCUGCCAUCAGGUGGGACCCUCUUCUGAAACGGUGACUCCUGAUUGGCUGAGUAAGUGGAUCAGUUCAUCUGACAACUAAUAAAGGAAAUAUCCCCCCAGGGGUCCCCUGACAUGCAGUACCAGAGACAAAUGAGUUUUGGCGCUACUAAUAAUAUGAGAAUGUUCCACAUAAAUGACAAAACUGUUUUUGGGUCCUUGGCCCUAUUUGUAUCAAAAUCUGACUUGAACACAGUAAAUGACUUUAGGUUGACUUGAUAUUGGUUCGACAUGAGGUGCAAAAAGUCUUCAUUUCAUUGAGCGAAUGGCUUCCACUCACCAAAUGGAAAGUGGUGAGGGAGCGCAUGAGUGGAGAGGUAGAAAGUAGGGCACUGUUAGCAGGUCCCCCCCUUUUUCUUCUUCUUCUGUGAAGCAGCGGGCACAAGGCAGAGGGUGAGAAAGACGAGAAAGAAGAAGUCGUGGACCGGACCAGAGUACAACAAGCGAGGAGACCCGACCGAGAGGACGCCAGCGUCUUCUAGGAACUCGAGGCUUCCGUUGCGCAGCAUGUUCGAGGAGCAGGCCACCAAGGUGAAGAUCACGUCUCUGGUGAUCGUGGUGGGCAUGUCGGCCAUGCUGGCCGCCGUGGUGACGGACCACUGGGCCGUCCUCAGCCCCCGCGUGGACAAGCUCAACGCCACCUGCCAGGCCGCCCACUUCGGCCUCUGGAGGCUGUGCAAGAAAAGCAUCUUCAUGGUGCAGGAGGACCCCCAGGGCAAAGGCUGCGGCCCCAUUGGCUUACCUGGAGCCAAGAACUGUUCCUACUUCAAGCACUUCACAUCAGGAGAAGAAGCAGAAGUUUUUGAAGUGAAGACCCAGAAGGAGUACAACAUUUCGGCGGCGGCCAUCGCCAUUUUCAGCCUGUUCUUCAUGAUCUUGGGCACCCUGUGCGUCAUCUUCUCCUUCGGGAAGGGCCGCGAUUACCUGCUGAGGCCUGCUGGGAUGUUCUUCGCCUUCGCAGGGCUCUGCAUCAUCAUCUCGGUGGAAGUCAUGCGCCAGUCGGUCAAGAGGAUGAUCGCCAGCGACGAGACCAUCUGGAUUGAGUACUACUACUCGUGGUCCUUCACGUGUGCCUGCGCCUCUUUCACCCUCCUCAUCCUCAGCGGUGUGGCCCUCCUCCUCAUCUCCAUGCCGCACAUGCCCAGAAACCCCUGGGAGACCUGCAUGGACGCCGAGCCUGACACCUUAGAUUAGCUGCACACCUAUUAAAAACAGUGGUACCGUGACAUACGAGUUUAAUUUGGUCGAUAACCAAACUCGUAACUCAAGAUACUUUCAUAUCAAAUCCAUUUUCCCCAUUGAAAUGAAUUCAAAUCCCAUGAAUCCAUUCCAGCCCAGCCCACAAAUAAAUUCCCAACAAUUUUUUUUUGCUGUGUUUUUCUUAUUUAAAUAUAUUUCCAUGACAGUUUCCAGAAUUUUCUCGAUGAUUUAAAAUGUUAGGCAUUCCUUAUUGGCAAAGUAAAUGGUGGAGGCCCAUUGAAAAACAUUUUUAAACACUUUUUAUACCCGCAAAGACAAAUGUGCUAAACGGUAAGGACAUAAACAGCUUCACAAAAAAAUCCCAAAUUGCACAAUGUAUGCGUUGCCCUUUAAACUCUGCAGAUACAAGUGCCUGA